UCAAUCUUGUCUAGUCCGUAUCCAUAGGGGCUGCGCUGCAUCUUAAGCCGCAAGAUGUGGAAGACUGCUGUUGGCAAGAAACAAGAGCAGGCACGCCACGCAAGGAAUGGCCAUUUGACCCCACCGAAACGCGCUCCAAUAUGGGCACAGAUACUAAAGCUGUCACAUAGUUCUGAGAAUGGCCGAUUGGCUUUGCGUAUGGAAAUACUUUACGAAAGGGGCUGGCUAGACACGAGUAAUAAGCUGGAUCUUUAGUUUUAAGUUCUCAUUAUGGACACUCUGCGGCUGGCCAACGACGAAUUGAACAAAGACACUGAUGUAGAGCGGAGAAAGGCUCGUAAUCGCAUUGCACAACGUAAUUAUAGGAAGAACAUCAAAGAUCGGUUACGAGAAUUAGACAUCUUGCGAGCGCGAGAAACGACUGGAAGACCGUUAAAUGUGAAUCAGAUUGCAAAUGCCAGCUCAAAGGCUACCUGUUCAGAAGAAUCUGUCGAGCAAAUGGGAGUACGAAACCAUGGCCGUGGUCCGAUAACGCCUCAACCUUCAGAUUCGCUCUGUAUUGGAGAGGAUAUACCGACGUCUCACAUACAAAGUCUUCAGUUUCCUGCUAGAGAUGGCACGAAAGGAUCCAGCGAUGUACUUCAUUUAGACUGGACGGAAACUCCAGUCCUACCAAGCCCGCCGUCGGCAUGUAACCUGGCCUCCGUCGGGAGCCUGGAAAGGGACGCACAAAUGGAGCAUCCAAGAGCCAGCGACUUGGAUUCAUGUCAAUCUGUACGAAAGCAACACCUUUUAAUUGCGCCCUCUCAUUAUAUUCCAUUCUCAAUGCGCAAGCUUCUCUAAUGCACUUGUGAUAAUCCUGACUGGAACAGACCGAAUGCCCAGAUCCACUGCCAACCGAGACAUUACUUCCUGGUC